AUGUGCAUACUGGCCAGGUACACUUUGCUCCCUUCAUCCCUGGUUUUGUUCAUUUUGCUUGUCGCCUGCACCAUGGGCUGUAUUCAGAGCAUUGCAUGCAAGCCCCGCAUCAGACGGGAGAACAUUGUGGUGUACGAGGUGUCAGCCUCUAUUGACCAGUGUCCCACCAUCAUUGAGGAGAACUCACCGAUUGUGCUCCGUUACAAGACGCCUUACUUCAGGGCCUCAGCAGGUGUUGUGAUGCCACCAGUGCCCCGCAAUGAAACCUGGGUGGUGGGCUGGAUCCAGGCUUGUACCCAGAUGGAGUUCUACAACACAUAUGGUGAUAUUGGCAUGUCCAGCUGGGAGUUACCAGAGUUGCGAGAGGGUCGGGUCAAGGCCAUCAGUGACUCAGACGGCGUCAGCUACCCCUGGUACGGCAACACCACAGAGACAGUCACCCUGACCGGGCCCACGUCCAAACCAUCCCGUCUGACAGUCAGCAUGAAUGACAACUUCUACCCCAGCGUGACCUGGGCAGUGCCCAUCAGCAACAGCAACACGCCCAUGCUGACCCACAUCACCAGGGACCAGAGCUUCAUCACCUGGCUGGUGGCCAUGAACUCUGUCACCAAGGAGCGUAUCGUGUUGCAGACGGUGCGGUGGCGGAUGCGGGUGGACAUUGCUGUGGACCCAGACAUGCCUCUGGGCUCGCGGGCCUCUUUGGUGGGUCGUCCCUACCAGGAGCAACCGCACAUCCUCAACUACCAGGAGCCCAUCCCUCCCAACGCGCUGGGGAGGCCGAAUGCCAACGAUGCCCAAGUGCUAAUGUGGAGGCCACGGAGAGGGGCGCCACUAGUGGUCAUACCGCCAAAAUAA